UGGACUGCACUGUCAGACGAGUGACACCGCUAUUUCGAAUAAAAUACACACUCACUCGGAAAAGAGGAAAAAAUUAGGCAAAGCAGGUUAAAAUCAUAUUCGAAAAAUUCGUAAUUAGCCAACAAAACGCGCUGCCCUUUUACAACCAUAUAGAUCUCUAAAUUUGUUGUCGAUUAGGCAAACGCCAAGCCAUCAUCUUAAUUGACAACAGGCCCACGUCUGGCUAGGUAAGGAAAGCAAAAGCAGCUCGUCAGUAGCAGCAGGAAGAGGACAAAUGGCGGAAAACGGAAUGCGUGUGGGCCCAGGGCCGACUGCGACUGCGGCAGCGGCUGCAGCUGCAAAUGUGGUGGCAUCGGCUGGGUCAGCUGCUGGCCAAGGCACAGGUACCAAUAACACCAGCAAUGGUGAGCAUGAGAAUGAACACACUGGUAAUCCAGACGGCGAGAAGGCCCAGCCGGCGCCGGCAAUCCAGAAAUAUGUUCAGGAACUAAUGACUGAACGGUCGCGCAUGGAGAAUCACUUCCCAUUGGCGGUGAAACUAAUUGACGACGCAUUGGAGCGAGUGCAGUUAAAUGGACGCAUUCCGACUAGAGAUCAAUAUGCCGAUGUGUAUCAGCAGCGUACCAUAAAGUUAUCCCAAAAAGUCCAUGUGCCCAUCAAGGAUAAGAAAUUCAAUUAUGUUGGCAAAUUGCUCGGGCCUAAAGGAAACUCAUUGCGCCGUCUUCAGGAGGAGACUCAGUGUAAAAUUGUCAUACUGGGCCGUUUUUCGAUGAAGGAUCGAGCCCGCGAGGAGGAGCUACGCAAUUCGGCCGAUGCUAAAUAUGCCCACCUUAAUCUGCCACUUCAUGUCGAGGUGUCCACUAUUGCUGCUCCAGCUGAAGCAUAUGCCCGUGUGGCCUAUGCCUUGGCCGAAAUUAGGCGUUAUUUAAUACCAGACAAGCACGACGACAUACGUCAGGAGCAGUACAGGGAACUAAUGGAGGAUCCGGAGGCAGCUAAGAAAUUAACGUUGCGUCAACUGCAACAGCAGUCGGGCAGCGGCGGUGGUGGUGGUGGCGGAGGCGGUGGGAACGUUGCCGGUGUGACAGCAGUCGCAAAUCCUGGUGCUGGUGGCAAUGGCAAUCAGCGUACUGGCGGCAACUACAGACAAAAGUUUCAACAGCAAUCGCACUAUCACCACAACGACGAGACUGUCUACUACCGUUCACACAACAAUUACCACCACCAGCCAAAACCCUAUGUGCCAGCUGCCCAACGCGGCAAUGCAAUGCAUUCAGCAUUGCCACCACAGGCUAUUGUCAGAGCUUCGCCACCUGGAAUGGUUGUCAGCGCGGCUAGUUUCAAUGGGCGUAAUGCUGCCGGAAUGGGUAAUGCCGGCGGUGGCAUUAUGACAGCCAAUAGCAUUGUGGCUGCCGCAGGCGGUGGUGGUCUGGGUGGCGGACAAGUGCCGCCAAAUAUGCGUUACCGUCCCGCUGCCCCCUAUCAGUUUGUGAAGAAAUAAUAUAGAAGCAAUGCGCCAACGCCUGCCAUUAGCGUUUUGUUUACAACCACCACCAACAACAACACCAACAAUACCAACUCCCUAACAUCAUUAUUGUCUCAUCCACGACAUUGAUCGACACCCUCUCACAUCCACUCGCACACCCAUAUAACAACACACACACACACACACACUGCUCCAAAGGUAGAUGUAAUAAUUAAUGAAAAGCAAAACAUGUAAAAGAGAAUAUGUCAAGCAUUCAUUUCACCAAGAAAUUUGAGUAAAUGUAAUGUUUAAAAAUGAAAAAAAGAAAGAAAAAAAACAAAAGAAUUGUAGCCUAAGUAGACAAAUGCUCCAACAGAACCCUUGUCACCACCACCAUCGUCACCACCACCACCACCACCAUUCACAUAGAAACACAAUCACGCCCCAUCACCCCGCCCGGCACCUUAGCCAUCUGUUGUCAUACCCACAGCAUACCGUCGUCUAUUGGAAUCUUCUGCUGGCUAGCAUUUGGAAACAUCAUCAACAACAACAACAACAAGAACAGGAUCAACUACAACACAACAACAAGAAGCAACUUCUCAAUGUCGAAUACAACAAAAAUAUAUAUAUAUAUAUAGGUAAUGCCACCUACUCAAUUCUUCAUUCAUUGCAUCAAUCAAUCAGUCAAUGAAUGAACGAAAAAAAAACCCAAUCUCCAGUUGUAGUCGACCCAGUUAAAUGUGGUUAAGUUAUAGUACUCUAAUUUUUUAUUUUUGCUCCUGUUUGAUUGUUCGCAUUUGUUUGUUUGUUUUUCAUUGACUUUAUCUUAUUUAUAUAAUAAAACAUACAACAUAUACAUACAUAAAUAUAUAUAUAUAUACAUAUAUAUAUAUAUAUACAAUGCUUGCAUACGUAUGUAAUUAAUUGGAGACAAUUGACAUUGCAAAAAAGAAAACAAGAAAAGAAAUGAAUUGUUAAACUAAAAGUUUUGUGAAUGGAAAAUCCAUCAGCCUGUAAUGCACUUUGACUCCGUUUUUGUCUCCAAAUGUCAAAUCCAAACAAAAUGUUUUAUUUUUUUUUAUAUUCAAUUUUUUUCCAACAAUUGGACAUUUAUUAUUUUAUAUAUAUUAUUAUUAUUAUCAUUAA